AUGAAAUCACACAGCUUUCGACCUCCAUCUCAAUCUUUGUUAUCAACAAAAGGUAGAGUGACAAGUCUAGGAAUGUUUAUCAUUGAUCAUUUCCGACUUUCUCAGGAUGACGGAAUACCAACGGACAAACCUGCAUCACUUCAAAUGAUGGGUUUAUCUGCUCACUUUAGGAUAGCUAUGAUAGCGGCUAGAAUGUUCUUACCUCCAACUCACGUUGGUCUCAUCGUUGAUAAAGGAUACGACUUCCCUUCAGAGUUCGAAAUUCAGUUACGAGCUUAUGGCGAGAUGGCCUGGCUUCGUGCUAGAGAUGGACCUACCACAAGGGCGUUGAACAUUUAUUCUGGGGAUAAGAUAGGGCCAUCGAACGGUCAUCAAACUUUCAAAUACUUAUCACCUCAACUUCAUCUCACUCCUAAAGAUCUCAUCCUACCUCCUUCCCCUUUCGCUCAACCUCAUUUACCAGAGUAUAUCCACGUGGUCUCUGGAACACUCCGAGCAAAGGCCAUCGUAGAGGAGAUGUCAUCGAUUCGUAGGGAGGGUAUAAAUGGGAUAGGUAAGGAUUGGAAAGCUAAGAUCGUUUGGGAACCUCUUGGCUUCUCUUGUGUUCCCUCGGAAUUGGAGAAUUUCAGGACUAUCGCCCCUCAUCUCGAUAUGAUCUCCCCUAACCUGAUCGAAGCUCGGUCAAUCCUUGCGUUACCUUUCGGCAAUACGUCUACCGUGACAGAAGAGAAGAGAGAUGUCGAGAAUGUCACUCGCCAACUUCGUGAUGCUUUAGCAGACGAGAUGGGGUGCUCCCCGAAGGUCAUCGUCCGAGCUGGGAAGUUAGGGGCUUACACCAUUUCCGAUGAUUGGGAAGGAUGGACACCAGCUUUUUGGAGAGAAGACGAACAGGGUCAGAUCGCGGAUACCACGGGAGGAGGGAAUGCGUAUCUAGGAGGGCUAUGUGCGGGGUUGUUAUUGAGCGAUGGAGAUUUGCAAGCUGCUGGUAUUUACGCAGCCGUGGGAGCUUCGUUUGCUAUUCAACAGCGAGGAUCACCUCAUCUGGUCAUAAUUGACGAAAGGGAGACUUGGAAUGGGACGGAUCCAUGGAUACGUGUGAGAGGAUUAGUUCAACGUGUGUCAGAUGAAGCCUCAAACUUCACUCCAAUAUAA